UGAUGGCCAUGACACUGCCAUGUUCUUUGAUGACACAACUGAUACACUUUACUGGACGGAUUUGGUUAAUGGAACCAUAUCAAAAACAUACGAACCUAUGGAGUUGGACGUUAGGAUGCAUAAGAUGGGAUGGGCGAACUGGACGGUACUAUCUGCUGAUAUUGUAGUGUCAGGACUGUACGAGUGUUUAACUUUGGACAUCAAGAAACAGCAACUUCACUGGAUGACAUACCCAGAUGGACAUAGCCAACGAGCAGUACGACAAGAAGGAGCCGUUUCCAAUCCAGGAUCUGUAGAAUUAUCGGGAGUCCCGAUUAGCGAAAGCUAUGUCAUUGAUCAGCGACGAAGAUAUCUCUACACUCUCCAUCGAGCCAAUGGGGUUCAUCGAAUCAAUCUUGAUGACGGGGAUACUACAGAGCUUACAGGACCACUAGAAGGAAGAAGGUUUAAGGGAAUGACCAUAGAUGAAGAAGGAGAACGAUUGUUUUGGACGCAAGCCUCUCUGACCAAAAUUGCAUGGUUUGACCUGAGGAAAAUACAAGGCCCGUUCACGCUCAUCAACUUUGAAAGCACGGAUAUGAGGCUGGGGCUGGGGAGUAUUCUCUUCGUGCCCUCUGGAUGGCUCGUAUGGCUAAACCUGAUGGAAGAUGAAGUCUGUAUCGCAAGGGCUGAAGUCGAUGCUGAAACAAGGUUGUGUGUGUCUACCAGUGUAGAUGGUUAACCCCAUUACUAACCAGGGCACAAAAACAAAGCAUUAGCUCUUCGAAGGAUAUAAGAUGGAGGUUUUUUCUUUAUUUAUUUUUGAAGGGAAAUCCAACCUUACAUCUACUCUCAAAGAAGGCAGAAAACCACUUAAAAGCAAGACACCGACACCGACACCAGACCGACACUAGACCGACAUUAUACC